AAUAAGAGUUUUAAAGCAACAGGUUUAUUUUGUGUAAACAAAUGUCAAAACAACCCUGCCGGUUGACUUCGAUCUGUGCAAGGGAAAACAGCUGAGGAAUUGAAAACAAACGGCGAAAGAGCAAAGCAAAACCGAUGCAAGGAAAUAAAAACAAAUAACAUUUAUCUCUGGGCAAUUUAUAUAACGAUCAGUUGAGAUUCUGUUAUCAACAUAAAACCAUGAACUUUGCGGGAAAGGUUGUGCUCAUCACUGGAGCGAGUUCUGGUAUAGGAGCAGCUACUGCAAUAAAAUUUGCAAAAUUAGGUGCCUUACUUGCACUAAAUGGCCGCAAUGCCGAGAAUCUAAAAGCCGUCGCAAGCCAAUGUGCUUCCGUUGGUAAGGAACCACACUUGGUUUUAGGCGACAUUUCCAAAGAAGUUGAUACCGAAUGUGUUUGGCAGGAGACAUUUCGAAAAUACAACAAACUGGACAUUUUAGUUAACAAUGCCGGUAUAAUUGAGACAGGUAGUAUCGAAAAUACCAGCCUAGAGCAAUAUGAUCGUGUGAUGAAUACUAAUUUACGUGCUAUAUACCAUCUAACAAUGUUGGCCGUACCCGAGUUGAUUAAAAGCAAAGGCAAUAUUGUAAACGUUUCAAGCGUCAACGGCAUACGAUCAUUUCCUGGUGUAUUGGCUUACAACAUUUCGAAGAUGGGAGUGGACCAAUUUACACGAUGUGUUGCUUUGGAAUUGGCCACUAAGGGUGUGCGUGCGAAUUGUGUUAAUCCUGGUGUGACUGUUACGAAUUUACAUAAGCGCGGAGGCAUGGAUGAAGAGACAUAUAAAAAGUUCUUAGAACAUUCACAAACAACUCAUGCUCUUGGUCGACCUGGAACAGCAGAUGAAGUAGCAAAUGCAAUCACUUUUUUGGCAAGUGAUUUGGCCACUUUUACGACUGGUGUUAGUUUGGCUGUAGAUGGUGGUAGACAUGCUAUGUGCCCACGAUAAGUGCCCACAAUAAUCGAGUGGGUUGUACAGAAAAUUGCAUUUAAUUUCUUUUGUUAUACAUAUGUAAAUGUUAUGAUAUUAAUAAAGAAUUUUGUACGUUACAAAUAAAAAAUGAACAUAAAGUCAAAUAUACAAACAUA